AUGGCAGCGGUGGAGCAACUGGGCGAAGCUGAGAAGUUGAAGGCCGAGGGCAACCGACAACAUCAGGAAGGCAACUACAAGAAAGCCUUGGGAGCCUACCACAAGGUCUUCUGUUUCAUCAAUGGCUUAGUGCCUCCACCUGCCAACCAGGACUUGGUGUCGCUGUCCUCCAAUCAGAUCCCUCCGGAGAAAGUCAACGAGGUGCGGCGUCUGAAGGAGACAACGCGGUUGAACAUGGCAGCCUGCUACUUGAAGCUGGGUGAGCACCAGAAGUGUGUCGACGCCUGCAAUCAAGCUUUAGAACUGGGUCAGAAUCCAAAGGCCUACUUCCGCAGAGCUCAAGCCUACCUCGAGCUGCGCAACUUCAGCGCCGCGUCCUCCGACCUGGACCGCGCCGACGCCCUGGGCGACGCCGCGUCCGCCACGUCGGCCACCGCGCCGCUGCGCAAGGCGCUGCGCCAGGCGCAGCGCGGCGGCGACGGCGCGGAGAAAAAGCGCUGA